UAUUUGUUUGUGUGUGUCACAUCAUCUUUUCAACUCCCCCCCCCCCCAUGUGUUUCCUCGUCGACGACUAUGAAUAAUAAUUGAACCUCGGCCUAGUUGACGUCAUCAGCCGAUCAGCGCUCGGUCAUUGGAACAAACAGCCCCAAAGAAGUUGCAGCGGCGGAAGAAGAAACAACUUUUUUUCCCAAUGACCAUCAUUUUCCUUUAAAAAAGUUUAAGGUCAAAACAGGACUUUCUCGCCGGCUUCAACUCGUUUCGACAUGUAAUAACUAAUAUUCACACGCGGAAUAUUAUGGGGGGAAAAAAAAAGAAACAUCAUCUUGGUUUUCACGAACUCUUGACAACGACGAUAAUGAUGACUCGUUUGUACUGCGUGAUUCUCCGCUGUAUAGAGAAACAGAAAGACCUUGGUGCUGUCCAGGUGCACCGAGUCUAAAGAAGUCAAACGGAAUGUACCGAAAGGAUAUAUAAGGAGUUCGUUUGGUGGGUAUUUUUUGUUAUUUUCACUAUCAGCUUAACUUGAAUUUAUUCAUUUGUGUAGCAACAACUUUUCUCUAUUAUUCCGUGUCCUUGCCAGCGUUGGCCAAAGAAAGAACUUAUAAUAUCCAAGGUAUCAACGUCAUGUACGAGCGGCGAUGAUUCAACGCACUGUCGGAUUAAUCAUACACAUAUAUAUACCCGCAAGGUUAUUAUUCAUUUAAGAGAAUUGCGUACACACGGGGAAAAUGAGAUUCAGCGACAUUUGGUUUACGUCGGUUUCGCCAUGAAAUUAUUACGAGACCAAUAUGGAGGUAAUAUAUCCGCCGCGGUUGCGAAAUAAUAAAUGUGACUGAAUACUUGGGUGGAGUCAUUAAUCUUUUCCUUCCUGGCGGUGAUGGCGCAACGACAAAGGAGAAGAUGGAUUCUUUGACAACUCUCGUCAUCAUUAUAUAUGACGAUGGGCAGCUGUGAUUUGAGUGAGGGGAAAAAAGGAAGAAAACUGGCCAACAAGGAAACAGAGCGUAGUGGCAUCGGUACACAAAGGAGACAUUUCUCUCACGACAGCAACAUGCAAGAGAAGAGUGGCGUCUUUCUUCUUUUGUGUGUGUGCGGAUCCGUUAUCGAUCUGGAUGAUCGUCACGAGAAAAACCUUAAAAAGAGAAGAAAAUCGUUUCGCUGACAGACGGACGGAAACAUCUGCAAUCAUUGCAUUUAGUCUCCUUGCGUCUGUCUCUUACUUAUCACUAGUGAAAUAAUCGAAUUCCAAAUUGAAGAUUGAUGAUGGGUGCUGCGCACCGCAAGGCCCGAAGACCACCCACGAAACAUCGUCAGUCUCGUUAACUUGGGAAUUGAUGGAUUCAACAAUGAACUCCCAUCAAGACGUUGACACACUAGAAUUCCGGCCAUGGGGCCAAGGUCAUUUGUAUUAUGCUGUCUUUUACUGUGUCGCGACGAGCGUGAUUAGAAAUUCAAUCGCUGAAAGAUAAAUGUUGUUCGUGCGAAGUUUUGAACGAGCUUCAAAAUCGACCGCUAGAUGCCAGCGCCGAGCCUCUUAUCCCAAAAUCGAUGGACUGCACACACACAUGGGGGGGGGGGGGGGCCUCGACCGAAUCGAGUCCUUGCUUGCCAGUGUUUCCGUCAACUUGUCCCUAUGCAGUCGAGUUUUUUAUCCAUUCUUGUAUAAUACAUAACGCAGACUCUCUCUCUCUGCCAGUGUGCGUGCUUUGACAUAAUAGAUUGUGCGGCCUGUUUGAACCAAAACAACAAGCUGAUUGACUGACGUCCGGUACGUGUGGCCAAACAACAGGAAAAAGCGAAACCAAAAUUGAAAUAAAAUGUCGGAUUUCGACGGAAUGGCACGCGACGACUAAAAAGAAGAAUCCUUUCAACUGCUUUCCUUGGUAACUUUGGGAAAUGAUCCCAGCAAGACGACGACUAUCGACGCUAUUCUGAAGAUCCUGGAGAUUAUUCGGAAUCCAUGGAACUUGGAAUCGUCUUUCUCUACUCGUUGCUGCUUGUCACAGCGAGAUCACAACCGGCUCUAAGCGGUUCAACGCAUCGUGACGAAUGGCCUGAAUUGCCACCGCUGGCUGCUGGGCCAAAUGAAGAACGGAUCGAUCCGUUUAGGAGAGGCCGCGACGAAAACCCCGUAAUAACGUCAUCCGCUCUUGAAGAACAAUUGAAGAAUGACGCAAAUUCAGUCAGCGUGUCUGACGUAACUCGCGUCCAUCGGACCAUUUCAGAUGUGACAGGAAGAGGAAAGCGACGAUGGAAGAAACGAGCCGCGGAAAUCCUAGUCGGCACCAGCGUCAAACAUCAGGUGGCCGGCGUAUCCUCGGCCAUUUUGCCGCCGGAAACGUCCACGCAGCCGCCGCCACCACCAUCACCACCACCAGUGACGUCCGUAUCUAAUACGACCCAUGUCCCCGAUUCAUCAUUGCAGACUGCGGAGGCGUCCGUCGAGCCCAGCAGCUCUGAACCUGCGACAACUUAUUCCCUAUCAUCCAGCACUCCUAGCACUCCCACUACAUUGAUGGAAACCACUGCAUCCGUCACCGGUGUCGACCUCCCCUUAUCGUCGUCGUCCAUUCAACCCGAGCUACAAGAUGAAUCGGUCCAGUCAUAUCAGACCGUCUCAACUUCUGCUCAGAGUUCGACAACAACUACAUCAACUACUACACCAGCCAACAGCAAUGCGGAUGAAUAUGUUGCGGACGAUGCGUCGAGUAGUUCGUCGACGACGGACGCCAAUUUGGACGACGAAGAGACUACAAUAGUCACAGAUCAAAUCACCAUUUCGCCAUCGCCGAUUCAGCAUCCGGAAAUGGAAUCUGAACACGCCAACACUUCGCCCGCUUUGAUGGACCAAGUUAAUAACCAUCCGACGACGACGACUAGUCCCGACACUUCAGCUCGACCGUUGCUGGCCGUGUCAUCUGUCGUGGCCGUUGGACGGGCCCUGUCACAAGAAGAAAGCGUUCCAUGGCCGGAAGCCAAAUCGACGAAAGUGAUUGGCACAAUCAUCGAAGACAUUCACGGACCUUUCAGCGAUGGCGUUUCCUCCGUCAGCACCAUCAGCCCGGAUGUCCUUACUAGCAGUGGAAUCGCUGCCAUCGUCAUGUGCAUUUUCCUGGUUCUGGUGACUACAGCCGGUGCCAGUGGAUAUUGGUGGUACCGUCGGCGUUACCUGCUGAACCGUCCCGAAACGCUGAGCGAACGCUACGCUCCGUCCGAGACGGGCCUGGGGGCUGCCGACGACAUUUUCCGCGUCGGAUACGUCCAUUCUCCCGAACUUCCGAGGCAGGACAGUUCAGAAGAGAUGUAUUCCCUCGAUAAUGACUCCUUCUUGACGAGCCUGGAAGCCAUGACGAUUCCUACCUACUGGACCGAGACCAUCAAACAUACUAAACUAUAAUAAAGUUAGUUAGCCCCUAUUUUAUUCUUCGCCUUGGAGCUGCAUUUCACUGGAAAUUGGCCUACAGACACGACAGUCAUGGGAAGGAAGAACAAAUCUUUUGUGUUUCAAACCACAAUCGAGUUACAUUCCAACGGUUGGGCAACACAUAUAGACAUAGCAGCCGAGUGAUGACUUCGCGUAUAUUCACAUUAUAUAUAUAUACUGAGCGUAUUGAUUAUUGUGUCGAGCGGUGUGUGUGUGUGUGUGUAGUGUAGUGUGCGAGUGUGUAGAGAGGAAAAAAACCGGGACAGGCACAAUUUAUAUGGUGCGCACGAUAGGGAUGCCUGCCCAAGUUAUAUACGUACUACGCCAGUGUACCGGAUGAGUUGUGCUGUUUGAACUGUAGACGUCAUCAGCAGCAGCAUCACCAUUCCAGAGACUUUAAAAGAGUUACUUUUUAAUGCGAUUCCAUCCGAGUUGUAGUACAUUCCUACUACUUUUCUUAACCUGUUUGGCCUGAAAAAGAAAUUAGGAACAAGUUUACUCUAUCCUGCCCACAUAAUACCGUAAGUAAUUAUUUAGUAGAGGUAUAUUUAUACUUAAGUCUAAUCAUAUUUCAUUUGAAAAUGAAAAAUUUUAAAAUUUGAUUUCGUGUCUUUAACAAAAAAUAAUACUUUUGACUCGACUAUAAACAUACGGGUUGGGUAAAAAAAAACGUAAUGGGGUCAUUCUUGAUGACGAUAGGAGAAGAAAAAAAAAAUUCCGUCUUUUAUUGUUAUUGGGGAAUUUACCGACUCCCGUUUCCCCCUUCUCGGAUGUUCCGAGUAAUAAACUUUUACCUAAUAGACCCUGGGUAGGAAAAUGUUUAUUUUUCGGCUGAAAAAUUCUCGUUUAUGUAUACAAUAUAUAUAUUUACAUAUAAACAUAAUAUUAACCUAAUCGCUCACCCCAUUUAUUUUGUUUUUUUACAUUGUUUUCGGUGUGUCUGUACCGUAUUUUUGUUUCUUUUUGAAUCUGUGGUCCCUCAUCUUAUAACCGCGCGCGUCUCCUGAUCUCGUUCUGUGAAUUGUUUCGUUUUCUUUCCCGAUUAAAUUCUUUUGUAACCCGCAAUACACUUGUACGCAUAUC